AUGCCAGCAAGCACACACUCCUCAGACUCGGACCCUCCGGCUCCGGGGGCGCCGACCUCCCACCCGGCCGUGGCCAACGGCGUGCACGCCUACGGGGCCGACGCGCCCGCCACCUUCCGCCCGCCGCCUCCGCCGCCCAUGUCCGCCUCGCCGCCGCGCUUCAUCAUCAUCGGCGCCGGCUCCCGCGGCUCCGGCUACGCCCAGGCCAUCACGACCUCGAGCAACGGGCUCGUCGCCGCCGUCGCCGAGCCCCACGCCUUCAAGCGGCGCCAGCUCGGCCGCGCCUUCAUCUGGGGCGACGCCGACCGGGCCCCCGAGGGCGCCGAGUUCGAGUCCUGGCGCGACUUUGUCGCCUACGAGCGCGCGCGGCGCGGGCGCGCGGCGGCCGGGGAGCGCGGGGUGCCCGAGGGCGUCGACGGCGCCUACGUCUGCGUCCUCGACGAGAUGCACCGCGAGGUCGUGCUCGCGCUCGCGGCCCUCGGCGGCCUGCACAUCAUGUGCGAGAAGCCGCUGGCCACGCGGCUGUCCGACUGCACGGCCAUGUACAACGCCCUGCGCGCCAACCGGUCCCGCCCGGGCUCGGGCGGCGGGGAGGGGGAGGGGGAGGAGGAGGAGGACGGCACCGUCUUCUCCAUCGGGCACGUCAUGCGCUACAGCCCGCACAACAUCCUGCUGCGGAAGCUGCUGCUCGAGGACCGCGCCGUCGGCGAUAUUCUCAGUGUCGAGCACACCGAGCCCGUCGGCUGGUGGCACUUUAGCCACAGCUACGUGCGCGGCAACUGGCGCCGCGAGGACACCUCGGCGCCGAGCCUGCUGACCAAGAGCUGCCACGACAUCGACGUGCUGCUCUGGCUGCUGAGCUCCCCGCCCUCGUACGCGGACCGCGCCGCCGUGGAGAACCCGCACCUGCCGUCCACCGUCGCCAGCACGGGCAGCCUGCAGUUCUUCAAGCGGAGCCGCAAGCCGCGCGGCGCCGGCGCGGCGACGACCAACUGCCUGUCGUGCCCCGUCGAGGAGGCGUGCAAGUACUCGGCCCGGCGCGUCUACGUGGGCAGGCAGCUGCGCGGGCUGGGCGCGGGCAACACCGGCUGGCCCGUCAGCAUCGUCGUGCCCGAGAUCGAGGACCUGGGCCGCGAGGGCUCGCCGCUGGCCCUGGAGCGCGCCCGCGAGAUGCUGCUGGACCGGCUGGGCGAGGACUACGGGCCCGAGACGCCCGCCGCCGAGGUCGCGGCGCGCAACUGGUUCGGGCGGUGCGUCUUCGAGGCCGACAACGACGUGUGCGACGACCAGGUCGUCACGCUGACGUGGGACGACGACCAAGAGGCCGCCGCCGCUGCCGGGGAGGAGGGUGCGGAUGCCGGACCGGCGGCGAACGGGCGGCAGGCUUCUUCUUCUUCUUCUUCUUCUUCAGAGCCCCCCCUCCUCCUCCUCGACGGCCGCGUCCCGCGCGGCCGGGGCGCCAAGACGGCCGUCUUCCACAUGGUCGCGCACUCGCGCAAGCAGUGCGACCGCUACACGCACAUCUACGGCACCGACGGCGACGCCUACGCCGACAGCUACACCAUCACGGUCAACGACUUCCGCACGGGGGCCACGACGGUGCACCGCCCGCGCGUCGAGAGCCUGGGCCACGGCGGCGGCGACAACGGCCUCGUGCGGCAGUUCGUGCUCGCGGUCGACAAGGUCAAGAACCACGGGUGGAGCGCCGAGCGGGCCCAGCGCGAGAUCGUCGGCUGCACGCUCGAGGAGGUGCUGCGGAGCCACGCGCUCGUCUUUUGCGCCGAGGACGCGCGGCUCGGCGGGGAGGUCGUGGACUGGGGGGAGUGGUGGCGGCGGAGGGUGGUGCCCGAGCUGAAGGGGCCCGGGGCGGCGGAGGUCAAGUGA